AUGGUUUCCAUCACAACUGAAAAUGUUACACAACUUUACAACAUCAUCACCACCCAGGAGCUCACAGUCAGCCCAGAAAAUUUCCAUAAUAAUUCAGGAGCGCAUCAGCUGAAUCAAUAUGAAUGUAUUAAUCCAGAUCUGUGGAAAUGGCUACAGAAGUUUCAGCCUGGAUUCCUCUGGUUUAUAUUUGUUCUGGGAGCAAUAGAAAAUUGCUUUGUCCUCAUCGUCCUGUGUUUCCACAAAAGUCGCUGCACAGUGGCUGAAAUUUACCUAGCAAACAUGGCACUCGCUGACCUGAUGUUAGUCUGUGCUUUACCUUUCUGGGCCAUUAAUAUUUCUAAUAAUUUUCAAUGGCCUUUUGGCCUGUUCCUCUGUAAAGCUGUCAACGUAAUGAGCCAUAUGAACUUUUAUUCAAGCAUUUAUUUCCUGACACUAGUGAGCAUCGAUCGCUAUCUGGCCUUGGUGAAAACCAUGUCUCUUGGACGGAUGCGACGAACCAUCUGUGCCAAAUGGAAUAGCUUUGUGGUCUGGACGUGUGCGUUGCUCAUAUGUUCACCUACCAUUGUGUUCCGAAAUUUGCAGUAUUUCGAAGAAUAUAACAUCACAGCCUGUUCUCUUCUUUACCCAGCCCCCUACUGGCAUCCUGCAAACAACUGCUUUCUGAAUACUGUGGGCUUUGUGAUCCCACUCUGUGUCAUUACAUAUUGCACUACGCAAAUCAUCAAAACCUUACGCAGCAGUGAGCUACAAAAAAUGAAGUUAGUCCAGACAGAGAGGAAAGCCACCAUGCUGGUCCUUGCUGUGCUCUUACUAUUCAUUGUUUGUUGGCUUCCAUUCCAGAUCUGCACAUUCAUUGACACAAUAUGUUACUUUUCACCUACUUUAAAGUGCCUGGAAGAAAUCAAUGACAUAGCGACACAGAUUGCUGUAUACUGUGCCUAUAGUAACAGCUGCCUGAACCCAGUCCUGUAUGUAAUUGUUGGGAAGCACUUCCAGAAGAAGGCUGUGGAAUUCUGCAAGGGCUUGUUCCCAAGGAGGUACAGAAGAUCACAAUCUGUGCAGAUGGAAAACUCGCUGGACACUUUAAGAACAUCCAUUUCAAGCGACCAUGCAAGGAAAAAGUCUAUUUUCCAAUUACCACGAUAG